AUGGGGAAACCACGAGUGGAUACAGCAAACCACUUCAAGAACUUUCCCACCGUUGAUUCAGCAUUUGGUGAUAAUUUUACUGUCCUUCCCACAUUCGCCUGGUCUGAUACAUUAGAACACCUUAAAAACUGUGGAAAGAACACCAGGAAAUCUGCCGAUGCCACUGCCGAGUUUGCAAGUUCUAAAGGACUCAGAAUGCUCUCAUUUGUUCACGACCUCCAAGUGUGUGCCAAUCCAAAUUCCAAGGAUGAUGUUUUUUACCUUAGAGCGCUUUGCCAGGCCUCCUAUAGGAAAUCUGUGAAUUGCAUGUACAAAGUCAAAAUGGUAGUUCAGGGGAAUGGCAAACCCAAAAUUCUAGCUGCCGAGUGUGACAACAUAAGCCAAUCAUGA